GCAUCGCAGACGGCAAACCAAAGUCGGCUGAGUGACUUGACAAUUGUUUAUCAAUCGAUACGCAAUAACUUCCAAACAAAGUGAAAUUAAAUAGUAUACAUUUAGUAUUUUUUACGGAGACACCGAAACUGGACCUCACGAUAUAAAACGAAACUUCUCAAAAUGACAAACACCUAUGUGUUUUGUCUAAUAGCACUCUUUUGUUGUUCAAGUUUGUCGUUUGCACGACAAGUACCAAAAGAGUGUGCUAAAGGUCCUUCGGUAUGGUGCCAGGAUCUCAAGCGCGGCGCGGCGUGCGGUGCGGUGGGUCACUGCAUUUCCACGGUCUGGGAGAAACAAGACGAGGCUGUCACACCCAAUGAGGUGUCAACCAAGUUCAUCAGACUGUUCAGACAGUUGAAGGAUGUCAGGGAGCUCAUUAAUGAGGACUACCUAGCAUCGCGCAUCACCUCAGAAUGCCAGGACGUUGACUACCCCGCCAUCGCCAGCAUCUGCAAGGACAACACCGCGCAGCUGCAGCAGUACAUCAACCACGUGCUGUUGUCUGAAACCUCGCCGGAGACCAUGUGCAAGCUCAUCGGCAUGUGCAACAACAUGAAGAUUGAUAACAUUCUCGCCUUGAACAAAAAGAUAUCGGACAGGUCAUACUUGCCCAAGAAACACAAAGAAAACCUGUUGGGUGGUGCCCAAUGUACUUGGGGUCCGUCAUACUGGUGCAGCAACUUCAGCACUGGCCGCGAAUGCAAGGCGACCCACCAUUGUGUGUCCCGCGUGUGGUCCAAGAUGAGCUUCCCUGAGGACAACGACAGCAUCUGCAAGAUCUGUACUGACAUGGUGACGCAGGCACGAGACCAGCUGCAGAGCAAUGAGACACAGGAGGAACUUAAAGAAGUGUUCGAAGGUUCAUGCAGGCUGAUACCCAUUAAGGUAGUGGCUAAGGAGUGCAUGAAACUGGCUGAUGACUUCGUUCCAGAGUUGGUUGAGACCUUAGCUUCUCAGAUGAACCCUCAGGCGGUCUGCUCGGUCGCCGGCCUCUGUAACAACGCCAGGAUCGACCGCAUGUUGGAGGAAUUCAACAACCAAUUGGCCGUACGUGUUGAAUGCAACAACUGCCAGAGGACUGUCGGCGUGUUGAGGAAGAAGUUCGACGCGACCAGCUAUGAAGACUUCCUGCAUGGAUUAUUACAGAUGUGCGGCAAAAUGAGUUCUCUAUCAGACUCGUGUUCCAUGCUCGUCUUCAAAUACUACGAGAACAUACUGCAGGCUGUCAAGAAGGACCUCACCCCUAAGAGCAUCUGCCACGUGAGCGGACAGUGCACGUACAUGUACCACAUGCACGACGAGUUCACGUUCCCCACGCAGUUCACUGACUACAAACCAACUGACGAUGUGCCUUGCGAGUUGUGCGAACAGCUGGUGAAACAUCUGCGUGACGUCAUGGUUGCUAACACCACCGAGUCCGAGUUCUACAGGGUGCUUAAAGGUCUAUGCAAGCAAACCGGCAACUUCAAAGACGAAUGCCUCCACCUCGCCGAGGAAUACUACCCAAUGAUCUACAAGUACUUGGUUGAUGAGUUGAAAGCCGACGCUCUGUGCGCCAUGAUCGGAGUCUGUGGGAACAAGACUGAUGUGCCACUAGCGCCGCUGAUUCCAAGGGAACUCGCUGUUACCGCUGUACCUACUAAACUGAUUGGAACCGAUGAGGCGGCCAGUUAUAAUGUUGAAAAGGUAGCCCGCGUGGCCGUCCCCCCCGCGACCAGUGUCCGCGUGUUGCCGGACGCGGCCCCCGCGCCGCUCCCCAUCGAGCGCAUGUUCGUGUCGGUCCCGCGGCCGCAGGGCAAGGCUGCCUGCUCCUUCUGCCAGUACUUCCUGCACUACCUGCAGGUCGAGAUCAGCGACACUAAGACCGAGGACGAGAUCUUCCAAGCAGUGGACAAGGCAUGCGACAGACUGCCGCAGUCCGUGAACGACGAGUGCAAGCAGUUCGUGACGCAGUACGGACCUGCCGUCGUCGCCUUGUUGGUGCAGAACAUCGACCCCUCUACUAUAUGCCCAGCCAUCGGCAUCUGCCCCAAGACGGAAGAAGUCCGUCGCGUAGACAUCAACUCCGAGAAGUCCAACUGCCCGCUGUGCCUGUUCGCCGUCGAACAACUCGAGACUAUGCUCAAGAACAACCACACCGAGGAUAGCAUCCGCCACGCCCUUGACAACCUCUGCACUCAUCUGUCAACCAAACUCCGUACGGAAUGCGUCGACUUUGUAGACACAUACACGGAACAACUCGUCGAGAUGUUAGUCGCUAACCUGAACGCCCAAGAGAUAUGCGUGUUCCUAAAACUGUGCAAGGAUGAAGUAAAAGACCCCUUGAAGAUUACCGAUAGUGCGAUCCGCAAGUACCACGACAAGCCCCAUUUGAGAGGAGAUAGGAACAACUUCAGAGGCAAGUCCCUCUUGCCCGCCUCCAUGCUGGCUACUACACCCAAGAAGGAUCAUGACAUUGAAACGAACGAGAUCUUCGACAACACAGUGAACGGCCGUCCAAUGCAGCUCGCAUCUUCCCAGAAGACUGUCUGCGUCAUCUGCGAGUUCGUGCUCAAGCAGAUCGAUGACGAGAUCAAGGACAAGCAUAAUGAGGACGAAAUCAAGAAAGUAGUCCACAACGUGUGCCGCCACAUGCCGAAGUCAGUCCGCGCGGACUGCGACCAGUUCGUGGAGAAGUACGCCGACCUCGUGAUCUCUCUGCUGGCGCAGGAGCUCGACCCCGACCAGGUCUGCCAGGAACUCAAGCUCUGCGACGCUACCAGCAUCGCUAGUGUUAAAGAGGAAAUCCUGGACUGCGCUGUAUGCGAGGCGGUGGUAGCUGCUGUCCGCAAGGUGCUCAGCAACGACAAGGUGGACCGCAACAUCGUACACAUCAUAGAGAAGUCCUGCUCGCUGCUGCCCGCCAAGUAUAACGACAGGUGCCACAUGAUGAUGGAGAUCUACGGCGACAGCGUGUUGCACCUGAUCGAGGAGUUCGGCACGAAGGGCGUCUGCCAGAAGAUCGGGCUCUGCUCCGCCUCCGACGCCGCCUACGUGCACAUGUACAGGGAGAAGAGGAACUAAUCGUAUUCCCGCACCUCAGCGCGGAUUUUAGCCGAUAUUCGUAAUCUCCUAUAAUAUUAAUUUUACUUAAGUCAUGAUUUUUUUCUACCAAAUCUGUGUAGUGAUAAGUUUGAUUCAUUUUUACAAAAUAUAUUGUGACUAUUUUUUGAGGUUAGUAAUUUUAGAUCGUGUGAUUAUGCCAAAAGGGCUCAUACUUAAAUAAAAAUAUGUAUUAGUUAUCUAAACACCAAUUACUACAUUAGGGCGAUGAAAUUAGGAAAAAUCGGAAAAUAUUUUUAUACAAAAAAAAUACGCGGAGAAGUGUACUUAUUCUGCAAAAUUAAUAGUCACAAUAUUUUUUUACAGACCUGUUGCUUUAUAAUGUUGUUUCGAUAUCAUACGUAAAUAAAUAUUUAUUGAUUUUUUUUAUAUUUUUUAAUUCAAAUUAAUUGGCAAUACUAACGAAAUUGAUCUUAACGGCAUUUGUAGGCAAACAGGUGGUUUUAAGUGUACGUUUAGGUUUUUUUAAGUUAAUGUUUCUUGACAAUUUGUAUUCGUCAAUAACCAGUAACAAUUGCUAUUAACAACAUAUAUUUUGCAACAAUGUAAAGAUAACACGCGCUAGCCUGUGAUAGCUCAUUUGUAAACUGUUUCUAUAAAUAAAGUUGGGAAAAGUUA